GGUAGGGUGGUAAUCAAUCAACAAUCACUUUUUGGUGAAAAUUGGUGCUUGCAGAAAUUAGAUGAACAUGCAGAAAGUCAAAAGAAAAAGUGAUACAAAUGAACCCACAACACCUAUUAAAAAACAAAAAAUUGAAAAACCAGGAAAGACUACUGAUAGUAAACAUAAAUUCACCAAAAAAUCUACAAAUACAGAUUUCAAGAAAGGGAAGAAUUUUAUUAAAAAGGGUAGUCAUGGCAGUGGUAAAGGAAAUUUUGGCAAAGAUAAAAAAGAAAAUGAGAAUAGCGAGAAACCAAAAUGGUCAGAAAUGAAAAAAGAGAAGAAACAGUUGAGACUCGCAAGACGCAAAGCAAAAUCUACAGCUGAAGUGUUUGAAAUAUCUCAUAAAGCCAAACUUCUCGCUGCUCAAAUACAAAGAAAAGUUGUAAAGCCUGAAUUCAGAUCUAGCUCCUGUAAGGAGUUGCAUGGGUUAAUGAAGGGCCAAUACAAAUCCAUUGCUCUUACCCAUGAUUUAAGUAGAGUAAUACAAGUAUUGCUGAAGUACAGUGAGGAAAACAUUAGAAAUGAGAUCACUGAAGAAUUACUUGAUUUAAUGGUACCCAUGGUACAAUCAAAAUAUGCUCAUCAUUCUGUAAAACGCAUACUUAAAUAUAGUUCAGAGUCUAUUCGUCAUGAAGUUAUCAAGAGAUUUUUCGGUCAUAUAGUAACACUGGCAGCACAUACUAUAAGUGCACCUGUAUUAGACUAUGCUUAUGGUGAAUUUGCAACCAACAAAGAAAAAUCACAUAUGCAACAAGAAUUCUAUGGAGAUAUAUACAAAAAUACAAAAGAUAACAAAGUUAAGUGUCUAAGUGACAGUUACAAAGACAGUCCUGAAAUGAAAUCUGCUAUAUUACAAUCAUGUAAAGCAAACAUUUCACGCAUACUGGAUAAGAAUUUGCAUGACAGUGAAUUAUUUCAGUCUGUAUUAUAUGACUAUAUUCGUGAAUGUAGUACAGAAGAUAAAGCAGAGUUGAUCUCUACACUCAGCCCUCUUAUUGUGCCAUUAAGCAAUUCUCUGCCUGGUGUUAAUACUGCAAGUUUGUGUGUUUGGCAAGGAACUAAUAAGGAUAAAAAGACUAUUCUUAAAGUCGUAAAAGAGCAUGCAGUUUCCUUAAGCAAACACAAGACUGGAUAUCGUCUAUUGUUAGCUAUAUUUGACUCGGUUGAUGAUACUGUUCUUGUGAAGAAAGCUAUUGUAUCUACGUUGUCAUCCAAUUUGAGAGAUAUUGUGACAGAUCAUUGGGGUACCAUGGUAAGUAUUAUAACAAUUAUUGUACAUCACAGACAUUGUUCAGAUUAGUAAAGUAGUUGCUAAAGCAAUAAACAUACAAAUGAAGACAAAAGGUACCAUAACACUUAGACCAGACACUAUAUUGAUAAGUUAAUUUUCUACAUUGACCUAGCCAAGAUCAAGCUAGAGACUAAUAACAAGCAGUUAAUCGUUAUACUUGUGUAUUGUUUUUUUGCAACUUUAUGUGACCCACAGGUGCCAAUAGAUUAAAAGUCAAGUCAAAAUAAUCUUAAUUUAAAUUCUUAUAAAUACUUUUGAAUUGUUCAAUUUUUUUCCCUACUUUUGUUGAGGACGUCUUUUGACUGAUAAGAAAAAUAAGUAUCAAACUCACCUGUUCUAAUGGGAGUAACAUCAUUCACAAAAGCAUGUCAUUACCAGAUCAAUUGAUUUUAAAUAGAAAAAUAUAUACAUACUAUUUUAACAUAAGUAGUAACCAUAAUACAGGACUUCUAUAAAUUAUAAUAUUUUACCAAUAUUAUGAACAUAGACCCUCGGAUUUCGAAUUUAGAUAUUAACAUACUUAACAAUCACUUUUGUUCUUCACAUGGUUUCGUUUCAACGAACAAGUUGAAUAUUUUGAAUUUUCUGUCAUCUCUUCCAUGCCCUAAUUUUCCCCCUUUUCUCUUUCUCAAUUCUCCGACUGUGAUGUUAAAAAGAGUAUUAUGGCAAUUUCGUCUGGAGCCGUAGGUAGUGACUGCAUCAGCCGUAAAAUGAUCCUCCCAGUCUUAACACAUGUCCUUAAUCACUCCAUUUGUACUGGGAUCUUUCCAUCUAGUUGGAAAGAUGCUCAAGUCAUCCCUUUACCAUAGAAAUCCAAGCCAUUAUCCUUUGUUGACUACAGACCUAUCUCAAUCCUACCUUUCCUGUCUAAAUUCCUUGAACGUCUUCUCACAACUCAACAACUAACAAAAUUGACUGGUCUCUUUUAUCUACAAUUUCAUUUGA